CGGCAUCUCACCCAGACCCAUAUAAAGGCCGUGUGCUGGAAACUGUAACACAGUUCGUUAGACAGACAGACUGACCGCUUGUGGCCGUAAAUAUGUACAAGUUUACGAUUUUGGUGUUAGCUUUAAUUGCCGUCGCGGCGGCCAAGCCAGGUUACGGGAGCGGCGGCGGCGGUAGCCAAAGCGGAUUUGGACAGGGCGGACAUGGCAGCCACGGUAGUCAUGGCGGAUUUGGCGGCCAAGGUAGCCAAGAAGGAUUUGGCGGAGAAGAUGGUGAAGAAUGGGAAGGAGAAGGUAAUCAAGGACAAAGCCAAGGUGGAUGGGGACAGGGAAACAAAGGCGGACAAAGUGGUAAUCAAGGUUUUGGCCAGGGUGGUUGGGGAGGACAGGGGCAAAACCAACAAGGAUUUGGCGGACAAGGAGGUAAUCGAGGUCAGGGUGGAUGGGGAGGACAAGGUCAAAACCAACAAGGAUUCGGCGGACAAGGAGGUAAUCAAGGCCAGGGUGGUUGGGGAGGACAAGGUCAAAACCAACAAGGAUUCGGCGGACAAGGAGGUAAUCAAGGUCAGGGUGGUUGGGGAGGACAAGGUCAAAACCAAGGAGGAUUUGGAAGCCAAGGUGGACAGACAGAUGAAUUCGAUGAAUAGAUAAGAAAUAAAUCUAUCUAGGUAUAAGAAUUACUGAAUUGUGAUGAUGUGAUUAAAAAAAUCGUCAAUAACUGAUAUCGAAACAAGGAAUGAAAUAAAGGAGAUUAUGUUAAGUGA